CUCAGGCAGCUCUGUGACUGGAUUCAAUCAGGCAAGGACCAGUUGAUCUUCAUUCUGUAGGUUUUAAUUGCAGCUUCCUCAGGAAAACUUAACAUUAUACUUUUGUAGGUUUUUUUAUUUUUAUUUCUGCGAAUCUCGUAAUGAGCGCGCCCCCGCCUGAGAGACUGGAUCAACAGUAGAAAGAAAAGAAAUCCGCGUCCCGCAUGAUUCACAGUCACCACCGUUACGCGUGAAUUAAACUCUCAUCUGCACAGGAUGAAGGUAACCUUUGGCUGUCUGGUGGUCACAGCCGGCAUCUGCGGUAUCCUCAGCUUCGCUUUUUUGGCGACUUCCCUCGGAACCGAGUACUGGUACAUCAUAGAGAUGAAUCCCAUGAACAUGAGCGACUUCGAGGACAUGAGCUCCCACUCGGGACUGUGGAGCAUCAACGAGGGUGGGAAGAUGACUGCAGACUCUAUUGACUCAUUCACAGCUGACUCCUCCAGAUACUCUGACACUGAGCUGCACAUGCUGAACAUGCACAGUGCCAUAGUGGUGGUGCUUCCCUUCAGCCUGGUCCUGCUGCUGUUCGGUGGUAUCUGUGGGUUGGUCAGCUCCCUAGCUCGUAACCCUGUCCUCCUCACCGGCACAGCCUCCUACUUCUUCAUCUGCAGUCUGCUGACGCUGUGUGGCGUGAGCCUCUACAUCAUCUACUCGUACCAGGCCAUGGCUGAGACAGACAGGCUGGUGGGGCCGGAGGGUCUGGCCUAUAUUCAGACCUCUUUCGGCUGGUCUCUGGGACUGGCCUGGCUCUCCUACGGCCUGGAGCUCCUCACCGGCAUACUGCUGCUCGUAGCUGCUCGAAAGGCCAAGCUGCAGCACAGCAGUCCCAGCAUGGCCUGACACAAACCUCCACAGUGGAUCCAACACAUUGAGGGUGGGGACUGAACUGUAGUGAACUGUAUGUGGUGCUGCCAUGUGGUUCUGCCUUUGAACAAGGUGGACAGUAUUAAGGCGUUCACAAAAUACAAAGGUUGAACAAAAGAGGUUUUGGACUGUUUUAAAAGGUUGUGUUUUAUAAACGUAAUGUCCUUAAAUCUGCCUCAGAUUGGACAUUUACAUUCUGGUGAUUUACAGUAAGUGCAGUGGUGGACUAAAUUUGACCAGUCAUGCCCUCUUGUGGUGAGAAUUGUAGUGGCUCAUCAUAUCCACCCUCAGGCACGCUGACUGCAGGGUCUGACUGUCAUACUGUAGUAAUAUGUAAUCUGUGCCAAACUCAACUGACAAGCUUACAAUUUAAGAUAAUUUCA